AUGGAUCUCGUCAAAGAGCGCUAUUUGGCCAUUCAAUCUACCAAACACUACACACAAGCUUCUCCCGAAGAAAUUGUGACCCUAUGGACCCAACUCAAAGCGUUUCUUGGAGCUGGUAAUCAUGCCAUGAGCGAAAUUGAAUAUAUGUCCUUAACACAUAUGCUUUUCGAUCUCUCAAUCUACGUGGAUAAGGAUGUCGAGGCUGAAACGAUAUACAAGACGUUUAGAGACCGUUUCGGGCCCAAUUCCCCUUACCUUUUCGUCAUGAGGGCAACCCUGAUGCAGGUUAACGAAGGAGACAAAAAGGCCGAAGACUACCUUACACGACUUCUAAAGGAAUAUUUGGACGACGAAACUGAUAUAAUUGCUUAUCCUUUGGUCAGCAAGAAACUGCUAGCCGUUCAACGCAAGUCGUUGUCCAGCGAACAAUACGUGGCAAAGCUUCUAGAUUUGGUGGAAAACUUCCCGGUGGACGGAGAAGCUUGGUAUGCUCUCGCACAAUGCUACGUCGAGUUAGGACAGCUGAAUCAAGCUACAUUCUGUCUCGAAGAAGUGCUUUGCAUUUCGCCUUUCAAUUACUUCGUUUUUGCUGAGCUCAGUGAGGUACUAUAUUACACCGCCGGUAAGGAACCCAAAAACAAAAAACCUCUUUUACAGCAAUCGCUUAACAAUGCUCUGAGAAGCGUUGAGCUUUCAGAGCUGUAUGUGAAAGGGUGGUCGUUUGCUGGAAUGGCGUCCAAACUGCUGGGCAAUUCGAAAAUACAGGGCCUCUCAAAAAAGAAGCUCACACAGAUUACAGAAAAGGGCAACACGAUUGAUGCGGCUACUGCAAAGAAAGUACUUCAACAUAUAUAG